GGUUAAAUCGCGAGCCGUGUCAUUUUCUCCGGGCCAAAAUUCUUAGCACCAAGCAGUACAUGAAUAUGAAUCACCACCAUUCCAACCAACUUGGUGUUAUUUUGAGGCACUAAGCUGAGGCUGAGCUACUAAACUUAGAUUCUUCCCGCCCUGAAAACAAAAAAAAUCAGUGUGUUUCCUGGAAUCAUCAAAUGGGCGAUACUCUUUGUAAAGGCGAAGACCAAGAGCCAUGGAGAGUAUUGGAAUUCUACAGUGGUAUUGGAGGGAUGAGAUAUUCGAUUAUGGAAGCUGGAGUAGAAGCAACAAUGGUGGAAUCAAUUGAUAUAAAUGACAAAGCAAAUGGUGUUUAUGAACAUAAUUUUGGUCAUAGACCUUAUCAAGGAAAUAUUCAAAGUCUAACUGUUGCUGAGCUAGACAAAUAUGCGGCGAAUGUGUGGCUGCUUUCUCCUCCAUGUCAACCUUAUACACGGCAAGGUUUGCAGAAGGAUUCUGGUGAUGCACGCGCAUUCUCUUUUCUUAAUAUUCUUGAACUUAUCCCGAAACUGUCAAGCCCACCACUCAUGCUAUUCGUGGAGAAUGUUGUUGGGUUUGAGACAUCUGAUACACAUAAGCAAAUGGUCGAGAUGUUGAAGAAGACUUCUUUUACCACACAGGAAUUUAUUUUGAGUCCAUUACAGUUUGGUGUGCCUUAUUCUAGACCAAGAUACUUUUGCCUGGCGAAAAGAGAACCCUUAAAGUUUCUGAAGCCGCACGUCAACAACCAGCUACUGUGGAAUCCUAGUCCCUUGUCCGAUAACGAUGAUAACACAUGGACGAAUGGGGAUGAUCAAGCACAUGAAGGAUGGGGAAAAUGGCUUCAUUUAUGCAAACCAAUCGAGAACUUUCUGGAAUUCAAUUUUCCUAUUAAUCAAUUGGAUUGUACGGAAUCACAGUUGUGCCAGGAAUCAAGUGCUUGUGCCAGGGGUUGUGAAAGUUCCGAAAGUACGACAGAACAAAAUGACCCUGGCAAUAAUGUUGCAGGACAAUAUAAUGUUCCACUGUGCUUGAUUGAAAAAUUAGGAAGUGCGAUGGAUAUUGUUUAUUCUGAUUCAAAACGAUGUUGUUGUUUCACAAAAAGCUAUUACCGGUAUGUUAAGGGCACUGGAUCUCUCUUGGCAACUAUACAACCAGAGAAGAAGGGUAAACUAUCACCCUUGUCUGAGCAGGGGUUGCGAUAUUUUACACCUAGGGAGGUUGCUAAUCUACAUUCUUUCCCAGAAAAUUUUCACUUUCCUGAGCACAUAAGCCUAAAGCAACGGUAUGCAUUGUUAGGUAACAGCCUAAGCGUAGCAGUUGUCAGUCCAUUACUGCGUUAUCUUUUCAGUAAGCCAUCAUGAUUGUUAUCGGUUGAUCUGCUUGUACCAAUGAAGGUCCAAAUUUGAGAAGUUGAAGUUCCUAGAAAGUUUUGAAAUGGGAGAUUGAAACCCCUAAGAUUGGUGAUAUUUAAUAUUUUCAUAAAAUGUUAAUGGUGGAUUUUUUUUCUCUC